UGAACAAGAUGGCGGCAUGCUAAGAAGCAGAAAUGAAUAGUUUUGUCAUUGAAAAGCAUUUUCGAUCUCGAUUCUAUUUCGAUCUGUCGUUUGCUUGAUGAUCUACUAAGAUAAUGAUUUAAACAAUGGAUAAAUCUUCGUCGAGUGUGAAGCUUCCCAACAUAGAAAAGAAAAGCUCCGGAGGAGAAGAACAGCCUCGAGAAAAAUUCCAUGCGACAAACUGGAAAUCCCUUAGCAAGAAGGAAAUUCAGAAGCUCCCUCCGCAACAGCGGAGCAAAUACCUGGCUUACGAGCCUGCUCCAAAGGAAUGCAAUGAAGCAAUGUCAGCAGCAAGAAAGAGAAUAAAGGACUUGGAAAAGUCCAAACGAAAGCAACAGAAGCCCCCACCAUUUGAAGAAGUUAUUGAGGGUGAAAAGCAUACAAAGAUAAUAGGACAACUGAAAGCUGCAGAAGCAAGGAACCGCAUAAGGCUAAUGAGGCUCAGAUACCAAAAUAACAGGAGUUCAGAAGUGAACCAUUUAAUCGGAUGUCAACCAACAGCACUUAAAGCUGUCCGUCUCCAAAGCCUUGUGCCUCCCAGCCCUGACAAGAUUUACAUCAGAGACUUGUUAGUAAAAAACGAGAGAUACAGAGUAAAUUCAUUGCUGGAGGAUGAAACUGGCUUGGAAACCGCACGAAUUCUCACGUGACCCAAAGUUUUAUCAUCCCCUGAUUGGCAGACGAUACAACCGUGCAGGUGCUUUUACGUUCGGGUCCAGUCCCUCUCAGUGAGCCUCGUGAUCUUCAUUCCUCAAAACAAAAACUUGAAACAAGAAUUUUUUUACGUUGCGGUUCUUUAUUUCUCCCUUCCCAUGUACAAAUUCCUGUUCUGAGACAGAAACGAACACGUUAUACAACCUGCUUCGUAGACACAAAUGUCUCAAAUGCGCCGAUGUAUAAACUUUAAAUAUUUCUUUACGUCAUUUUGUUUUGUUUUCUGGUGUUCAAAACCAAAAAGAUGGUGAGCCCUCCUGAAUAAAUAUAUGGAUAAUAUGACCUUAAAAAAUCUCUAUAUAAAAUAUUUCUUAGAAUUUAUCCUUAUUAAAAAUAUUUAAUCUUUAUUACAAAUAAAAUCUGCGUAUUGAAUAUGAGAAAUUGUUCCUCAAACUAAAAUAAAUGAUUAAUUUUCUUUUAUUAUAGACCUAAGGGGAUUAUAAAUUCACCCUCUUUUAAACUGCCAAAGCCAGAUCGAGGUAACGAUAUUAGCCAAUCAGUAGGAAGGAAACUUUCAGCGGAGCCUAUGCGAUGCCAGAGCUCUUAAGCGCGGCAACAGGCAAGCAGGAAAGCCACGAAUGGUUUUAUUUUUGAACCUGAUUGGUUGAGGAAGUCGCGUGAGUUAUUUGGACCAAUCACAGAGCUCGGAGAAGCAGAAUAAGAUCAAUUAUGGGUUUCCUUUGACACUCGAUUGUAAUUUGCUCUAAACUCAAGUGCUUGUCACAACACUUCCUUUCGCGCUCAUAAACGCGGUUGCUAACUAAAAGAUUAGCUUCAUGUA